AUGUCGAGUCAAAUCUUUUCACAAAUGGAUAAUCUGAUUGGGUCUAGUCGUACUCAUCUCACUUCGUCAUCCAAACCAGUUCAACAUAGGAAAACUUUUCCUCGCUCUGCGUCAUCCAGUCCUCACAAAUCAUUAGAUCAACCUAAUGAAAAUGAUUCAUCUCUUACUGUUCAACACAAUAAAUUAGUUAAGAAAACAAAACAGUUUGAAUUAGUGACAAUAGCUGAUUCGAGCAUUGUUCAAGGUCUUCGAAAUGGCACAAUCGAUUUCCCAGAUAAAUCGUUUCGAUAUCACGUUUAUACGAAACGCGGAGCCGGGAUCGAGAGAAUGACUGAGUUUAUCAAGGAAAAACACUUCAAACCGUCGCCUCGUUUCAUUGUUUGUGUUGGAUCAACCAAUCUGAAAUAUGACAAACCGAGUGAUGUCCUGGAUAAAACCAAACUUUUGAUCUCAACAUUUGGAAAAUCCUAUCCAAAUACGAAAUUAGCUUUAACCACCGUAUCUCCGAUGAAUAUUUGUGGUUUGAAAGCCUCAGUUAAAGAGUUAAAUGAUGGCAUAAAUGAACACAACAUACGAUUAGCAUCUCUAACCACCACUAUGGGUGUUGAUCUGAUAUCGAUUGACUAUGAUAAGCGUAAUAUGAUAGCCGGUGAUGGACAUCAUUUAAGUGAUUCAGGUACUUUCAAACUAAGUAGUUCGCUGGACGAAUACUUAAAGAAUUGUCUUUAG